AUGACUGCUCUCAACACAGUGAUGAGACCCAAUAUUCCUUUGCCACGCGACUCGCUCGUACAGACAGCUCUUGGAUUACGGAAGUUCCUCACCCGACACAUUCGCAAGCUCCAAAUUUCACGGUCGAAUACAACUGUACAAAUUGACUCUGCCUCAAUCUUUUCAACCAACAGCAAGGCCAUGACUUUGGUAGCCGAAGAAGGUUCCAAGUUGCAUAAGUAA